CUUCUUUGGCCGUUCUGGUUGCAGUUCGAAUCAAUCUUCCGGGGUCGUGCCCAUUCCAGCAGGAUCAUCACGGAUAUGUCGGCAGUCCCAGCCACUGAGCAUGGAGCGUGGCGCUUGAUGCCAAGAGCACCUCUUCUUCUCACCUGUGUGUCGUCCGUGCUAUGCUGCCUCCACCCAACGACCGGCUCAAGCGACCGGCCGGCCAGCAGUCCGCUCGGCGAAUCAUGCCCCCAGUGGCGUAUCGUCACUGCCACUUAUUAUCCACACACGAAACCCACUCCGCUAGAGAGGCGCGCCGAGAGAACCAGGUCGGACAGCGAGCAGAGGCUGAAGGUUGGGGGAGGGGGAAGGUUGGGUGUGCCAUGGACAGAGGUUGGAGGAAGGGAGGAGGUGGAAGCCAUGGCACGGCACGGCAAGCCAUGGCACCGAAGGAGCCAUUUUGCCCCGCCUACUUGGUACAUACUACUUACUGCCUUCUCAUCCACUUGCACACACUGCGAGCUGCCUGCAAAUUGUGUGCGUGUGUUACUGCGAAUUGCAAUUGCACUGACCGCUGGAUACCCCCACUCAAAGAAGGCAUUUUUCCGUAUUAUCUACCUACUAUGCCGCCUGCCUACAUGUACCGUAUCAGUGUGUAGUAUACAUAUAUCGUCAUCGCACAAUCGCCCGUCUAAUUAUCAUGUACGGGAGCCCGACAAUCCAACCUCGCAGCACAUCUUUGCCUAUUCUCGCAAACAUCCCGUCCAUUCCAUCCGAGCUUGGAUUGCUCAUUCUCAGCCCCCUCCGACAAUGCCAUCAGGAGACGGGUGUAUGUGUAUCCACUCCCUUGGCAUCUGAUUAUCUACAUACCGACCAUGUACGGUCUCUGAUGUGUGGCGACAUGUUUGCUAUGUGCGACAUGGAGAGCCACAGCGCGCCCUCUUCUGUUGCGCUAGGUAAAAGC